UAUUGCUACAUUCACAGUUCAUACAGAAAUGCGGAAGGGGUGCAUAUUCAAGAAAUCGAUGGUGGGAAAAUAAAAAACAUAUUCCUAAACUGAUAUAAUACUGAUGGACACCUGUAAUAUUCAGUAAUUUGUGGAUAAGGAUGUGGUACUAUGAAUCUAAUAGGAAAACAGAGGUCUUUGUGAAAGUACAUUCAACACAAAAUAUUAAGCUUUUGUAUAAGGAAAAAACAGGUUUUUUACAAUAACAGUGUUCCAAAUAAUGUUGAAGGAAUGAGAUUUUCUUUCUAACACACCAGGUUUGCUUAAACAUGUAAAAAUUUAACGCCACGUCAUUUCAGGUCGGGAUGGACGCCAUAUUUCUCAUUGAUAAAAAUGUAAACAAAAAAAUCAGAGUGGGAUUAGCAUUGCAAGGGCAUAACAUGACAUUCUACACAAUGAAUACCUUAGAACAGAUAUCUAAGAUGCUACACUGGUCAGGCGGGUUAAAUGCAUAAUGGCGAUCACUUGAAAUUCAUCUUGAAAAGAGCAAGUAACGAAGAACGUGUCAUUUGAUUACAGUUUAAACUGACAUUCAGAUGGAUGUUGAAGAGUACUCACGGGUAUUUCCCACAUGGGAGAUAUAUCCACGGGUACAUUACUUUAGGAACCGGUAUUUAGAUCUACAUGUACGCUUUAACAAAAUAAUGAGAGCACUUCCAGCCAGAUUUCAUGAUAAGAGUUUGAUGUCUAAGCUAGAUGACAUCAAUCGUUCCCUUGGAUACUUCCCACAGGUGACUGUUAUAGGAAAGGAAUAUAUGGCUCCCGAGCAGUACAUUGUGUCAGUUGAGGCCCUCCAAAAAGCCACGGAGCUGCCUGCUUCAGCCACAGGCGGAAUUCAUAUAUGUAUAUGUCAUGCAAAAGUUAAAGAUGUCAGUGAGAUCGGACUGAAGGACAUUGACAUCGCAGUCAGCUACUUAUUAAAAAGUUUUCUUCACAGAUGUUCAGGUAUAUGUAUCGUAUUCAUAGUUUGUGAAACGAGCAAUGAAUUCCCACAGGAAGAAUUAGACCAUUUUCGGACAAACCUACAUAGGAACGUGAGUGAGCAUUGCAAGUAUCCGACUGAAAUUUUGAUUGGACCGCCAGAAGGACAUCUACAAUCAACUAUUUCUGGUGCAAUUGAGAGUCAAAUCAUAGAUGGAUUUAAUGAGACCUUUAUAUUUCUACAGAGAUUUGUCAGAAAAGAUGUUCGUUCUGACCUGGAAAACAUAAAUAUAUUAGAGAGCCAGACAGUUGUCGGAACUAUUCAAGGUUUUCUAAGAAACGGAAAAGCGUUGGUAGACGCAAAAACAGUUUCGGAGCAUGUCUCUUAUUUUGAUGUUAUUCUCCAAUCUCUGUGUCAUCAGAUUUUGUGUGCAGCUGUUCCGCCUAUGGCAGGAAAGCACAAUUUACCCGAUAUCAUAUGUCAUGAACUCUUGGAGGAAAUACAUUUCGAAACAGAUCUACAAACCUCUAUUUCUUCAGACACAAUUCGUCAUUUAAAACGACUUGAAGAAAACGCACAAGAACUUGAAAAGAUGGCAAAGGAAGAGGAAACCAGUGACAGUUUAUAUACGAAACGUUAUAAUUUUGAUUUCAUUGUGUAUAAGCUUCAAAAAGACAUGUUGCAAGUGGUGACAUCGGCAGAAAAGAAACUUUCCGCAAUGAACCGACUUACAACAGUAAUUAGAAAAAUGAUUUUUGAAAUCAGAGGCUACCUAAAACAAACUACCGUAAACGUUGACAUCGCUGAAUCUGAUCAGCGAGAACUGACGCUGGAAGAUAUAACAGAUAAAAUGCGGAUGGAGAUUAUGAGCACCGGCAGCAUCUACGGUAUGGGCACAUUAUAUGGACAACUAGAGAUACAUUUAAAGAUGAAUCUUGAAGAAGCCAAAAUCAAAGAGGUGAAAGACAGUAUCGACCAACUGAUUAAGGAACAUCGAUUUCCUCACCCGUACAUUAUAAAAACUGUUAAUACAGAGCCCCAAAAAUUUGCCAGAAGUUUCGUUGAGCAAGGCGAUAAAACGUCAAGUCCUUUUCCUGACAAUAAUACACAAUGGCGUGAAGGGACUUUGGGGUGCUUCGUAAAAUGCAGCGAAGGUGUAAUUUAUUUCGUGACCUGUGCACAUGUUGUCGAUCCACACGGCAAAAAAGAGCACGAAGUUUAUAUUAAAAAACAAACAUCGAAUAGCCUUUUUGGGAUGAGUAGUACGCGAAUGAUAAUUUACGGUAAUGGAAAAGAACUACAUUUUACAGACUUUGCUGCAGUUAGGGUAUUGCCAAAACAACUAGACAUGUGCAGCUUUCAUUUUAAAGAUGAUUGUGGUAAUAACAAAAACGCCAGAUUAGUUCAUGAAUCAUCCAGCGAACUAGUUGGCAGUUUUGUGUUUAAAUAUGGAGCUUCAACUGGAUGUACUAAAGGCAUUAUAGCUUCAAACAGUUACAUUUUAGAGGGACAAACUUCAGUUGAACACCUUGUUAUUGUAGAACCAUUACCUGUUCCCUCUGAAGACAUACGUAGCAUAUUGACCAAUAACGGUAAUGAUUCAGGGCCAAGUCAACAGGGAGAUUUUCCAUCAGUUUCAUUUGAUGAUGCUCAGACGGACAGAGAGGAUCUAGACAUAUCUGAUGUGAUCCACACCAGUCUAAACAACAGUGGAACUAAAUCAAACAGCUUUUCGAGUAGCCCAAACGGAGCUAAUUCUUCCGAAGAAUACACGACGGAAAUGGACGAUUAUUCCGUUUGUUCCAAGAUUCAAACAAUCCUACCUAGACCAGAGACUGGAAAUAUCUAUUACAGUCGCAACGGUGAAACUGGAUUCGUUAGAAGUUUAAAUGAAAUUUCGAGCGGAGCUCUUAGUGAUAUAUCUAAUCAUGACACACACCUAUUCGCCACACCAGGGGAUAGCGGAUCAAUUGUUUGCAAGAGAGACUUAGUAAAAAACGAAAUUGUUGCUAUAUCCAUGGUAACCGCUGGAGAUUUCAAAACAAAUGAACCUUUAAAUCCUGGGACCCCGGAUGGUGAGAAAUGCCUGUCAGUUAGGAUGGACACAGUGCUUGCUAAACUUCAAGAACGUUGUGAAACAGACUUUGUGCUAUGUACAGCUGUUAAAACUAAUUAGACAGGAGUAUAGAAUAUAAGAAACUCUUUUGAGCGUUUUAUUUGCAUUAUCAUUACAUACUUUUGCGUGUUCGUGUUUAAUUGUGUAUGAUUUAUUAUCAACAUCAUAUUAUGAGAUGUACAGCACAGGCCUAAUUUGUUCAGUAUCGUUAUCUUAUCUUGUCUCAACCUAUGAUUGAUUUUUAGCUCACCUGAGCACAAAGUCGAAUUCGAAUCUGAGUCAUGUGGGGUCAAAAGCUAGGUCACAGGGUCAAAUCAAAGGAAAAGCUAGUUUACACUGUAGAGGCAAUAUUUAUGACCGUAUCUUAAUGAAACUUGGUCAAAAUGUUAAGCUUGAUUGUCUAUAGUUCAAGUUCAAAUCUGGGUCAGGUGGGGUCAGAAACUAGGUCACUAGACCAAUUCAAAGGAAAAGCUUGUUAACACUCUAGAGGCCACAUUUAAGAAUGUAUCUUCAUGAAACUUUGUCAGAAUGUUAGUCUUGGUGAUCUUUAGGUUAAGUUCGAAUCUGGGUCAUGUGGGUUAAAAAAAACUAGGUCACAGGGUCAAAUCAAAGGAAUAGCUAUUUAACACUUUUGAGGUCACAUUUAUGUCCAUAUCUUUAUGAAACUUGGUCAGAAUGUUAAUCCUGAUGAUCUUUAGGUCAAAUAGGUCAGGUGAGCGAUACAGGGCCUUCAUGGCCCUCUUGUUUUCAGAUUGUAUAUGGCUGUCUUCACGAAUAUGCUAUCUUUCGAAGUUUUUGGUCAAAUAACUUUUACUUACGAAACAUUUUAGUAAUCGACAAACAAAACAUUGUUAUAGAUGUUUGAACAUACUGAGAAAAAUAUAAGAAACAAUUAAUGAUUUGUAAGGGUGAAACUUGAAUUGAGCAUUAGAAUCAGAAACUAUAGUGAAAAGUGUACAUAAAGUACAUAAAUAUUUUCCAACAUCUGCUAAUUUAGUCUACAAAUUUUGCUAAAGAAACUAUCUCAGUAUGCAAAAAGAUGCAUAAAGCAGAAUCGUUCAGGCCGUGUGACACAGUCCUUUCACUCGGUGUAUAUACAUGUAUACGACCAGGUCUUUUUGAAUCAUGGAGUCCUUUCCAUGUGUUUUCUAAUAGUUUAGCUUUUACAAGCCGAUGCUAGUGAUGUGAGGAGUGCAUAUUGUAUUAACAUUCAUAAAUACAUUCGCAUGACCUUGAUAUUAGUUCAUUUUGUGUUUUUAUCUAUGCUUCUUUGACUGAUAGUAGACUGAAAUAGCUUUUAUACUGCUCUAAUUCAAUUUUAUGGCUAAAUGUAUUUAGCCAAAAGCGACGUGGGUACUUAUUGCUUGUUAUUGCUUUGGAAGGUCAAAAUUAUUUUACGUUGUUUUUCCUGGUAAUAGUUCUCUUCUUAAUGUCCCAACCCGUUUGAAAAACAAAUGCGAUUAAAUUUUCUUUAUCUCAGGCGAUCGGUAGGUUGGUAGGCCAUUUUAUUCCUGAUUAAUAACUUGACAAUACUUUGGCUAACAGUGGUCAAACUUUAUAGUAUUUAAAUGAGCUCCCUAUUGGUCAAUAUAUAAAAAUCAAAGGUCAAUGUCACCUUGAGACUUGAAACGGUUUCCGCUCUAUACAUGACAAAUGUUUUGGUGUAUAGUCGUCAAACUUUUUACGAUGAUAACUUGUUUUCAUAGAUGACCCGUGGGGUCAAUAGUUCAAAGUUGACAGUCAUGGUGACCUCCACACUGAAAAUAGUUUCAGAUUAGAUUAGGUCUCGGAUUUAGUCUCCAUUUAAUCAUUAAUUAAUGUCUUAUGAAUGCAAUGUUCACUUAAUUUCUGUUUGUACAGGAAAUAGAUAUGUAAUAACGUUUGUAAACAUUGUUUGAUGUGCUCAUAUUAUCAACUGUGGUACUCAUAGUAAACAGCAUUAAAAUCAAUCCAUUAUAUAUGAA